AUGGAAAGUUGGUCCUCAAUUUAUUUAAACUCUUAUUAUUUUGCUUCUGUAACAAUGAUUACAGUAGGAUAUGGUGACAUAACUCCUUAAAAUAAUUAUGAAAUGAUAUUGUGUUUAGUUGGAAUUUUCAUAGCCUGUUGUGUGUUUGCUUAUACUUUAUUAAUAGAAGCAAAUAAAAUAGUUUUAUAAGAUUCUCCUGUUUUUAAAAAUAAUUUUAGUGAAUAAGUUCUUGAAAGGACUGUUUAAUUAAUUAAAGAAUAGAGAUAUUCGCCUGAAGAAAUAAUAAUCAAGUAAAAUGAAGUUGAUGAUGGGAGUAUUUAUUUUAUAGAAAAAGGUUCAGUUUUAUUUUAUAUUGAUUUAGAUUAUCCAAGGGGUGAAAAAAAAGUUCACAUUAUAGAAACUUUAUCAUAAGGGAUGUCGUUUGGGUAAUUCAGUUUUUUUACUGGUUAACCAAGAAUGGUUAAUGUUAGAAGUUUAAACUUUACAACAUUGCUUAAAAUUGAUAGAAAUUAAUUUAUUGAAUUACUCUAGGAGUUUUAAGAAGAUUAUGAAUAUUUUUGUGAAAUCAAAGAAGAAAAUUUUGCAACAAAAUUAUAAGCAAGUUCAACUUAAAACGGCCGAGAUUCAAUUGGAAGAAGAUUAGGUGUCAAAAAGUUUGGAGGAGAAGAAGUUUUUCCAAACGAUAUUUUAGCUCGUCAAAGAGGUUUUAAAUGGAAACCAGGUUAAAAUACCUUUACAGGAAAAGACCAUACGAUCCAUUCUAAAAUUGAGGGAAAAGUACAUUUUACAAAAAAAUAUUCGGAAACAAACAGGAAAAUUACGACUAUUCAUGUUAUUGCAAAUGAAAAUAGAAAUUUAACUAGUAAGCCUCCACCCGGAUUUGUUUAUCAUCCAGAAUAAUACCCUUAAAGAGCUGAAAAUAAUCCUGAACCAACAAAUUACGUAAUUUAUAAAUAAAAACCUUUAAAAGUCAAAAGAAAUGAUCAUAGAGGUCUAAUAUGUAAUGAAUCAUAGAGAAUAAAUAGAAGCAUAUAAAUACCAUAAUUUUAUUUGGAUGGCAAAACACAUUGGAAUACUCCGUAAGAUAGACAUCAAAAUGUUAUUGAAGCAAUGCAAAAAUUAGAAAAAAAAUAUUUAUCUUAAGCAUGA